AUGAUCCAGAUGAAUGGAACGCCGCCAAGUGGAGCUGCAAGUGCUGCAUUUGACAGAAAUGACUGUAGAAGACCUCCACUACUGUGCCCGCUGACGAUGGAGCCUCUUGUAGAUCCAGUAGUAUCGCCUGAUGGAGAGUCGUACGAGAAGAGCGUCGUGGUCUGCGAUGAAGAAGCAGGUCUCUACUAUCCCAACCGAGCGCUGAAGGAAUACAUCCAAGCUGUCCCGACGAUGCAUUCAAGCGGGUCAGAGCCUCCUGCGGAUUCUACAACUGAUGAUGACAUACCUCCCAUAUUAAGUAUCCUGGAUCUCUUCGUAUGCCCCAUCACGGAGCAACUGCUUCGGGACCCUGUCAUUGAUAGGGAUGGCAACACUUUCGAGCGGCGAGCCCUUGUGAAAUGGAUCAAGGAAGAAGGCACUUCCCCCAUUACCCGCAGGCCACUAAUGGUGCAGCAGCUCUAUGACAACACCACUCUCUUACUAGUUCUCACCCAAGAAGUUCAUUUGCAUAUACAAAAUGAAACGGAACCAAGAAGCGAAGAACUCAGACAAUGGAUAACUGAUCGGUCGGAGCAGCCCAGCGGUUCCGAAUCGGAAGAAGAGCCCGAACCGCCGCAGCCACCGGAACCAGAGCCAGAACCGCCGCGGCCACCGGAACCGCUAUCUACAGAGCAGCGUCGAGUGCAUCGGAACUGUGCAUUGACUAUUGCGGUGAUCUACCUGUGCCUGGUGCUCGUUGUUGUCGGAACCUUCGCUCUCAACCCAUACGUUGCCAUUGCGUUCUUCUUGAUGACCUGCUUCCUCGUUCCCCGUUUCAUCAUGGAAACAGGGCUUGCGCUUGGACACACCUUGCCACCUACUUAG